AUGAAUACUGUAAGCUCCCCCGAAUGCUGUGUCGCACGCCUCAGCCCGCUAACUUGCCCCACAGGUCAGAUCUGUCGGGUACGCUUCAGCAACAAAAAGUCCAAAUCGCUUCACAAUCCUUCUGACACGACCUCUCCUCACAGUUACGGCUGGGGUGUCCUCAUCGUCGCGGGCGGCGGUGCAUACUACUUUGCUAAGAAGAGCAUCAACAAGGAUCGUGCCGAGCGCGCAGAAGCAGACAACAAGAGACGCAUGCAAAUGCGCGAACUUCAAAAUCGAUACCCCGUCCCACCUCAAAAGCAAGACAGCCACGCAAACCCGAGCAAAGAAGCCACCGAAGACAUGUCACCCGCCUCGGGACACGCUGCUGAGAGUGGAGGUCACAGUCCCUUCGAGAGCUCUGCGCCAUACAGGAGCAAANAGGGCGAUCGCUUCAGCUAG